AUGUUUGUUAAACUUUCAAAACUCAAUCUUCUCACAAAAGGAGAGAAAACAAGAUUGAAUAUCGGACCGCGUUGGCUUACAUUUAAUUUAGCUGCUUUAUAUUUUCGUUAUCUUGGCAUUCCAGGCGAAGCAAUUAAUUGUAUUGAAUUAGCCCUUAAAUAUUCAAAAUUUGAAGAUAUUGCUUUGACACAAUUAGCACAAAUUAUUUUACUUUCAAAUUAUUCGUUAACUGAUCAAAAUGAGUUGAAUGGUUUAGAGAGAAUUUUAAGUAUUGCAAUGAAUAGUGGGGUUAAUGAAGGAAAAAGUUAUUUGGCCCCAGCUUUUGCCAGAUUUAUUGUUCCUUUACUUUUCCCUGCUGCAAAACUUAGAGAAAUUAAAGAGGAUAUUUUUGCUAAAAAAUUGGAAGCAGAACUUGCACAUAAAGUGGUUGAUAGACAUAAAAUUGAAGAAUCCCCGGUGUUCCCCUUGGAUUAUGGAGGUUACUCUCUCGACCGUAUUCGUGCCCAUCAACGACCAAUAUGGCCAGAGGGAGUUAAAGAGCAAAUAAAUCAAUUCCAAAUUGAUUUUAAACCUCCAAUAAAUAAUGAAAAUAUUUUUAAUGGACAAAAUGAAUUUAAAUUAACAAAAGAAAUUAAAUUAGUAGAAAAGACAACAAUUGAUGAAACUAUAUUUAAUGAAUAUUUAAAAAAUGAGUUGACAGAGAAUAAUAAUAAUGAGAAGAAAAAUAAGGGAAAUAAAAAGAAACAAACAAAACAACAAAAUAAUAUUAAAAUGACAAAGGAGAAAUCAAAAGUAUCAGAUUCAAUUGUCGUUGAUGGUGUUACUUCAUCAUUUCUUAAUAACCAAUCUAAACGUUUAAAAUCUUCACGCGCUCAAAUUGAUGGAACUUUUUUGGGAACACUUUCCAAUCGUGGGGAAGUGCUCUUUAAAUUAGAUAUUCCUUUACCUGAAAUAUUGCCAGUCCCUCCAUCUUUAAUGGUUAAUAAAGGCAAACAAUUUGCAUUACCUUUUAAACGUGAUUCUCUUAAAGAAAUUUGUCAAACACAGAAAAAACUAAAUCAUUUAUUUGAACAACCAGUCUCUACUUGGGUAUCUCCAUCGGCAAAAGGAAUUAAGGUCGACGAUUUGCUCAAUUUUGGAGAAUUACCAGAAUUGGCAGAUUUAUUAUUAGAGCCAGAAUGUCCAGAACCUACUUUAGUUCUUCAAUCUUCUUCAAUCCUUUUAGAAUUAGACGAAUUACCUGCUUAUCUUUAUCGAGAACAUUUAACGAAAUUUUAUAAACCAGAAAAAGCUUUGAGAGAUACAUUUCGUUCAAUUGGUUCAUCAAAAUUAGAUAGUAUUGAGAGAGUUUCUGCUAAAUUAUUUUUUGCUUUAAAAGGUGCUGCAAUGCAUCCAUCGGUUUCUUCUUCAAAACCAAUUUCUUCCAUUCGAGAAUUUGUUUUAGGAACAAUUUCAAGUCUUUAUUGGAGAAUAAAAGGAGAUCCACUUAAUUCAAUUAAAUGCCUUCGACAUUCUUUAUAUAAUUCUCCAAAUGAAUUUAUUGAUGUCCCAUUAGUUAGUUUAGCCAAUAUUUACCAUCAAGCAGGAUUUCUUCAUAGUGCAUUAUAUACAUUAGGGAAAGCUUUCAAAACAGGAAAAAAUAUUGUUGCUGUCCAUUUUACCUUAGCUAACGUUUAUUCAACAAUUGGCGAUUUCCCUCAUGCUCUUCAAUUUUAUUAUUCAACACUUUCUUUACAAUCUAAUUUUGAACCAGCAAAAGCAAGUAUUACAGCAAUACAUUGUUUAACUAAUGGAGUACUUUUAAAUGAUUAA